AUGGUGCCCCAAAGGCUGCUUCUGCUGGGGGCGGCUGCCCUGGCUGCAUCUACUCUGGAGACAGCCGACCUGGUGGACCUCUGCGGGCAGACGUGGCAGGGGGCCGGGCUGCGGCUGCGCUCCCACUCCGCCUCGCGCAGGUUCUACUUCGUGGCCCCGGACACCGACUGCGGGCUCUGGAUGCGGGCGGCGGCCGCUGGCGACAGGACCCGCUUCCAGUUCCGCCUCUUCCUGGUCUACAGCUUGGCCCGGGCGCCCCCAGUGUCCCAGGCACCCAACGCCUCCUCCCCCGCGCCGGCCGACCCGUGCGCCCCCGGGUCCUACCUGCAGUUCUACGAGGGCCCGCCGGGGGCGCCGCGGCCCCUGGGGGCCCCUCUCUGCGGCCUGACCAUCCCCGCCCCGGUGGCGUCCUCCCGACCCUUGCUGAGCCUCCGCCUGCUCACGAGAGGCCGCCAGCCCCGCGUGGACUUCGUGGGCGAAGCCAACUCUUUCCGGCUGGGAGCCUCUGGCGCCUACUUCCGCUGUCAGAACGGCAGGUGCAUACCCCCGAGCCUGGUGUGCGAUCGCUGGGGCGUGGACAACUGUGGUGAUGGUAGUGACCAGGCUUCCGGGCCACCAGCCGACUGCAGAGGUCCCUCUCUGGUGCCCAGCCAGGCGGGGAGUACGGAUGGCCCUACGUCCAAGCCCCUGACGCUCCCCCCGGCUCUCAGGUCUGCAGGAACUCUCCAGAAGGCCGCCCAGAGCACCCCCCUCGCAGGCCGGGCCCCGGAACAGCAGGGCCCCCGGCUCCGAGGCGUGGCGCUGGUCUCCUCGCCGGUCCUAGCGUCCACGGGCCUCCUCGUGGGCCUCCUCUGGGGCUACUGCUCGUCCCGCUGGCUGGCCUGGCGGGCUGGUGCCCACGGCCUCUGCCCCGGCUGCACCGCCUGUUACCUGUGUCCGGGCCGGGUGGCUCCUGGGGGGCUGCAGGCCAGUGGGCCGGCCUUGCAGGGUCGGGGAGGACAGCCCUAG